GUGGAGGAGAUGCACAUACUUCACCCUUUGACCCCAGCUCCCAUGGUAAAGCCUUGUUCUGUCAUCUAUUACCAUGUUAUUACAACUUCAUACUGCGCUGUCAUGUUAAGUGCUACUAGGAGUUUGGUUUAAACAAUCUGUCUUAACAUCCCCUGUCUUUCAGAUGCUUCUUUGCCAGGACAUACAGGUUCCUCUUCCAGUAUUGCAGAUAAAAUUACUUAUUAUAAAUUAUUAAUUAUUAAUCAAGUCAUAUAAUGUUUGAAAUUAUAUCUCUAUUGAAUCUAAUAAACAGUGGCAUGUUUGUAUCUACUAAAAUUUGAUGAAAAGUGUUUUCCUUUCAAUGCAGGUCCAAGUUUGGAUCCGAGUCAAACAGGUAAUGCUACACCCGCUCUCUCCACAAGAUUUGAAGUAGACCAAAAAACCACCUGGAUGUUUUACAAGCUCUGUCUGAAUGGCUGUGGUUUGUCUCUAUUGGGGAGGUUGAACUAAUGAUCUCUUGGCAGGUGCAGGGGUUCAGGGAAGUUCAGUGUCACACGUGCAAGCCCCAGGUAAUAUUUCUGCCUUGGUUCAAUUCUAUAACAAUAGUCCAAUAAUGCAUGACAUAAAACCUGGAUAAAUUGUAUUGAUAAUCUCUUUGCUGAAGCUGAAUUUCAACAUCAUUAUUUUAGGAAAAGUGGUUGUCCACCCAGGAACAGGGGUUGUCCACUCAGAUACAAUCUCUCAUGGUAAGUCAUCUUGGUCUACAUUUGAAGAGUUUAUUUCCAAAACGCUAUAUCCCCCCAAAAAAUCACAUUUGUGUUUUUUCAUCAGAAAGUAUUGCUUAUGGGUACAUACUUAUGGUACAUACAAGUGUGUGUAAAAUAUGACUGUUCUCAGAUUAUUUACUUAUAGAUUUUAGAUGUGUAUCAAAAUGUGUUGUUUUUGCAAAAUGCUUAUAUCCAUUGUUUAGCUGGAAUGGAAUGUUGGGAUCCUGUUUACUGUGGUUGUCCCACCUAGCUAUAUUCAGAUCAAUGCACUAACUGUAAGUCAUUCUGGACAAGAGCAUCUACUAAAUGACUAAAAUGUAAAAUACAAAUGUUUUACAUACAGAUCUCAUACUACUGUACAUUUCUUUAUAAAAAUGUAGUUAUUUGUUACAUUUGACUGUGUAAAACCUAGCAGUACUAUUUAUUUAUCUGAGAGUGAAGCGGAUAUAUAGAAUUUUGCAAAAAAAACAUGAUAAUUUGCCUCUCUGGAAUGAAACCAUCAAGUGAUAGAUUUUAAACAAAUACUUGUAUGUCAUUGAAUAACCCAAUGCCAUGAUUAGACAGUGAAAAAACACACCUAUCUCCUUCAUAAUUUCUUUAAACAAUAAAAGCUAAUUUCCCAACAUUUAUGAAAAUGAAAAUAGAUAAAUAGCAUUUUGGAAUGAAACUCUUAAUUAGUUUGUAUAAGCAUAUCUCAAUAGUCCCUUGCAGUGAUUAACGUUGUCUUAUGUUCAAUGUGUUUACCUUAUAGGCUCAAUGGGACAAGCAGGAGGGAGCUCCACUCUCAUCAUUAUCCAUGAGACUCAUCCACAGCCUGCAGGUAUCAUUCACUACAUACAGCCACAGAGAGUUCUGGUGACAGACCUGUGACAAACAAUCAUAUGCAGUUAUGAGUUAUAACGACCAAUAAUAAUAUCACUCAGUCAUGUGUAGCAAACCGGUAACGAACAAUCAAGUGAAUGUGUGGGUUUGGAUAAUGACCAUGGAUAACACAUAGUCAGGUAAACUUUGUCUUUAAUAUUUUAUUUUAGUGUCAGCCCACCAACAAAGUGGAUCUCAUCUAGAUUCAAAUGGUAAACAUUAUUAUUAAGCUACGGUCUAAAAUCCAUUGUACCCCUUUCCUGCAGUCAAAUGACCAAAUCGCGCCAUGGGUGGAAUGUUAUUAAUAUUUUUCAUAAUUUCAUAAAUAAUAAACAUAAUUUUACAAAUCUCGCCCGAAAAUCCAGUGUUUCUAUGUCAAACAGUUUUGUUAUAUUUCAGUAUUCUGUGAUGUAUAUAAAGUAUAAUAUUAGAAUGCAAACUCAAAAUUGAAUACAUUUCAACUCUAUAUCUGACAUGGUACAGGUGUCUUAUUUUUUUUAAGCCCAUAACCAUGUGUGUGAAGGUGUAUACUUUUGUUUCAAAGUAGAUUUGUUUAAGACUACCAAGAAACACUCUGUGUGACUCUGAUUUAGCCCACUGCAGUAAAAGUUUAUUAAUCAUUUCAAUUUCCAAGAUGCUCUGUAUAUUAUUUACAGUAUGUAAAGUACAUCACAUAUAUGAUCCACAACUGGCAUACUUACAAUGAUUAAAUCAGGGCAGCGUUGCAUUUUUAUUACAGGUGGCAGCAUUCAUACAUUUGAUGCUGCUGGCCUUCAGACUGAGGCUCCAAGUAAGUUCAUACUGACACUAAAGAAGCAGACAGACACUAUCACCAUGAAUGGAAAAACAUCAGUUUACAAUAUAUUACAUGAAUGAGGAAUGAACAACACAGGCACACUACUGUAAGGAUGUAGGAUCUUAACUUGAUCACUCUCUGGUUGCUGAGAAUUUUCCUGCAUCGCAGGAAAUGCCAAUGAGCUUUGUGAUGUAUAUAAAUUCCCUGAAAACCCACACUAACAGACAGUUAUAUUAACAGUAUUGCACUUUUCACGUAGCCUACUUUUGGCCAGCUAAUACCCUAACCACUGAUAAAGCAACAUUAUGGACAAAAAGUUAAAAUCCUGUUGCUGCAGGAUUAUUUUGCUGUGACAAUAUAGGUCAAAUUAAGAUCCUACAUCUGUAUGUAAUAAUUUUACAGGUAUAGGUAUACUGGUAGCUUUCUUGCACUAACACUUGCACUUUUCUUUCCUUACUAGCACUGACUUUACUACCACUGACUUUACUAGCACUGACUUUGCUGAUAGCUGCUGUACUGACGAAAAGUUUAACUUACUAUGACUGUGAUAUCAUAUGUGGUUGUCUUCCCUAGCUACCUUAAGAUGAAUGCACUAACUGUAAAUUGCUCUGGAUAAGAGCGUCUGCUAAAUUACUCAAAUGUACAUGUAAAUAUGAUUGAUCAAGACAUGUAUUGUAUGUGUUUCAGCAAGUGAGACUGAAAUAGAGUCUCCUGAGUAUGACACACCUGAGUCACCUGAGUUUAAUGGUAAUUAUCUCAGAUAAGCCAUUUUUCAAUUUAUUUUAGCCACAUCAUGUACAUGUGAACGGUGAAGAUCACAAUUCUCUUACACUCCUUGGUAUAAUCCUACAAAGAACAGAGUUACGAACCAGAAGUGUCAUGGUAUUUAUUGGAUCUCAAUGUUGUUUCCAAGGUAAUGGUCACAAGCUGCUGAUUGGAGGAGCAGUAGAAAAUGGACAUGCAGGUAAGGAGAAGGACUUCAUUGCUCUUGAUCAGAAAACAUGAUGGAGUUUGGCAUUUGUGAGGCCAUUUUGAUUGUCAAUGUCUUUCUGUGUCUCAGUUAUACCUGUAGUCACUGACCUCUUCAUCGAGGACACAACUCACAUGGAUCCCACAGGUAACAUCUUGCUGAAAAUCCAAUAAAGAUGAAGUCAUGGGCUUGUUUGUUUAAUGAUAGGGCAAAUGAGUAGACGAUAGAAUGCCUUGAUACUUUUUAAUAGGUUCAACAUUUCAGGUGCUAUGGAUCCACUUGGUGCAAGUUCUCACCUGGACAAUACAGGUGAGUGUCCAGGUGAGGGUGCAAUGUUUCACAUUUGGCUCCUGUCUGGUAUAUUUACUUGCUUCUCCAUCAUUUCUUCACUUAAUUCCAUAUUGACAUUCAGGUAUUAUCGACCAAUCCAGCCAUGACUUCCUCAUUGGUUUAAUGGGUGAGUGUUUGUAAGAACUUAUCGUUGAUGUUUCUUUUUAGGUAAUUCAAGUUUGUUCUUCAUUAACUGUCUGUCUUUCCAGGUGGUGUGGGGGAUCCGUAUGGUCCUGACAUCCAUAUCGACAUCUCAGGUGGGUUUGUCAUCAUAGCCCUUCUGUGUCUGCUUUCUGUUGGGUCUUUUCGGACUAUAAAGAAUCACUGUUCUUCUUUGUUGAAUCAGAAAUAUCUAACCAACACUGCUCUAUUGAUAGAUCACACUGGAAUUACUUCUCCAUUAGACUCAAUAGGUACGUUUCUUUAUUCAAGCCUCCGUUAGUCACUUCACUUCUUCACUUGAAAGAAACGUUACAAUGCAACACCUUUGGGAGAGUUACUCUGUGGGAGAGUUACUCUAAAUUAUAUCCGAUUUAAGGUAUAUUUAAACUGGCACAGAUAAUGUUAUACUACAUCUCUAAAGCAUAAUUUUAUUUAAGUAACUCUCUGUCUGAGGGGUUAAAACAGCAAGCCACAAACUCCACUCUGAGGAGUUUAUAUUCCAUAUUGUGCUAGUUAUCUGUGCUGCUGCAGAGUAAAUCACUGUUACAGUUAUUCCAGCUCUUGUAAUAAUUUACUCAAGGAAAACUGCUUUAAAUCAGGUUUGCAGGUUUGAUAUAUAUAUAUCACUGGCUGUCUGGUGCUCUCUCUCUCUCUCUCUCUCUCUCUCUCUCUCUCUCUCUCUCUCUCUCUCUCUCUCUGCUCUCUCUGCUCUCUCUCUCCUCUCAUCCAGCUGUGGGUUCAGAUCCAGGACCGGCGUUGUCGUCCAGUAGCAGCCCGGAUCCAGACGUUCCACCAGGUACCUACUGGCACGUCUUCUACCCUCCGCCAGGUCCUGUAAAUCACCUCACCCCUCCCUCUUGUGUCGUCCCUCAUCUACUCAGGCUCUGUUCUCUACCUCACCUCGGAGAGAGCUCCUCACAGGCUUGUAAUCAUGACAGAGUUUUCAGAGCGUCCCAGAGAAUUUACGUCCGAAGAAUUUUUAAAACUCCAAGAUUAUCAUUGGGUCCAUGUGUUCCUGUCUGUGCAGACAGCGAGUUACUUGUGUAGCUGUGCUUGUGAACUUUGCAGAUCUUGACAUUGUUUAUCUUUGCAGCUUUGCUGUAGACUUUAUGUCUUGGUGGAGUAGCACCACCAUCACUGAUGAAUGGGGUCAGGCCUAUUAGGAGGGAUGCAGUGCAAUAACAAGAGAUGAGGGUUCUCAUGAUUCACAUAAUCCAAUCAUUUAUUUUAUUUCUUUCUCUGCGUGUCUGAUUUUCUUCCUCCAGGUCUUGUAGAUCACAUAGGUCUAAUAAGUGAUUUUACAGGUAGGCAUUGUGAGCCACAAUUAUUAAUUGUCUAAUAAAUAGAUUAUGAUUCACAGUUGAAAAUGAAAAUGUAAACAGUAGUUAUGGGUGAAAGCAAAUAGGGUCUGUCAACUAGUUUGUAUCAUUGCCCUACUUGUGGUCUCUUUUUAUCUGCAGGCACCACUGACUACUCAGGGCUCGACCAUCCUUAUCUGAGCUCAGGUUUCGAUGGAUCAUACCACUCAGUAGGUGAUCAUGCUGGUCUAUCCGAUACUACAGGUAAAUACACUAAAAUCAUAAUCUCUGUAAGAGGAUAGUGACCAAGACGGCAUGGAAAAGCUUCAUCUCAGUUUCUCUCUCCAGACCACCCAGUAGCAGUGAUGUCACAUACUGAUUAUUCAUCAUCACAGAUUGACCACCCAGGUAGGAUCACACUCAGGACUAAAAAUAACAUACCCACGUUAAAGGUGAUCUUCUGUAGCUCAGUUUGUAGAGCAUGUUGCUUGCAAUGCUAGAAUAGUGGGUUUGAUUCCCGGGACUGCCCGUAUGUAAAAUGUAUGCACACAUGACUGUAAGUCGCUUUGGAUAAAAGUGUCAGCUAAAUGACAUAUAUUUAAUUAUUUAAUUAAAUACAUUAUACUAUGAAUGUAUUUCAGAGAAUGGUAUUAAUGUGUCCAGCUCAGACGUAGGAAUAUAAAGGAUGAUUAAGAUAAUGUCAGCAUAGAUUAACAUGUAUGUUGCAGGGAAUGGUCGUCAAAGCCAGGUUACAGACACACAUGGAGGUGACCAUCCGGUCAAUGACAUGCAUCAUGAUGUAACAGGUAUGUCUACCCUAAAGGUCUAUGGAAGCCAGUAGGCCAAGGCUAGCCUGGAUGCCAGUCUGUUUCUGCUCUCCUGCCAACUCCUAAUGGAAUUGUCAUGCCAAACAAUUAAAUGUUUAGCUUCCAAUGACAAUGGAGUAGGCAAAAGCAGCAGAUCUGGGACCAGGCUAGUACUAGGCUAGAACCAGGGGUAUAUUUGCAUUUGAUGGAGCAAAACAAAUGCCACAUGCAUUAUUUGAGAGGCAUUGAGGAUAUGUGCUUGAUAUUAUUUAUCACAAUACGCCUAAUGCAAAAUACACCAUUGUAUUGGUAGGCUAUGACAGUGUUUUUGCUUUUCAGAUCCAUCUGGGCAGCAGAUUGUGGCUACAGACGUAGGCCUACUAGAUGCUGGUAACUCAGUGUUUGAAUUCUCCGUUAUUUACAAACCUAUUUCAAUGCAUUUGUUAGUCAUAAACAACUUUUUCUGUCUGCUUAAUUGCCUGCUGUAUGUGCGAAAUAAUGGAUUGGACCUCAGUUGUGUAAAGUACUUAAGUAAAAAUAGUUUAAAGUACUACUUAAGUAGUUUUUUGGGAUAUCUGUACUUUACUUUACUAUUUAUAUUUUUGACUACUUUUACUUUUACUCCACUACAUUCCUAAAGAAAAUAAUGUACUUUUUACUCCAUACAUUUUCCCUGACACCCUAAAGUACUUGUCAAAUUUCGAAUGCUUAGCAUGACAGGAAAAUUCAGCACUUAUCAAGAGAACAUCCCUGGCCAUCUCUGCUGCCUCUGAUCUGGCGGACUCACUAAACACAAAUGCUUCAUUUGUAAAUGAAGUCUGAGUAUUGGAAUGUGCCCCUGGCUAUCCAUAAAUAAUUAAAAAACGAGAAAAUAUGUUAAUUGCUUAAUAUGUGAAAUUAUUUAUAUUUUUACUUUUCAUACUUAAGUAUAUUUAAAACCAAAUACCUUUUGACUUUUACUGAAGUAGUAUUUUGCUGGAUGACUUUCACUUUUACUUGAGUCAAUUUCUAUUAAGGUAUCUUUACUUUUACUCAAGUAUGACAAUUAGGUACUUUUUCCACAACUGUUGGACCUGUUAUGGUCUUAUGUUAUGUCUCGAGCAACAAUUGUCUCAUUGAACUAUAACUUUUGUGGAAAAUGAGUGUCAUGAUGGAAAAUAGGCUUCACCAAGGCCAGUGCUGGCAAAAUAAAUACCUCCAUUAAAAACGGUCCAGGGAUGAAAAUUCCCAGGACGUCUAUCUGUCAGCGUAAAGUGUUCUACGCUUAUUUUCACACAGGAAAAAUAUACUUUUCAAAAAAGUUUUUCCAAAAUGUUAGCCAUCACCACUCAGUUUUUCUUCGUCCCUUAUUUCCUGAAGGUGAGCACGGCGUCGUCUCUCAUCACAACGACAUGGGAGGUGAGUCCUACGAAAAUGGAAUCAAUGAUAAGCCUACAUUUAAUUUGCGAGUUAAACAUUUCUGAAGGCAUCACUUUUUACAAUGUUGUUGUAAUAGUGUUGCAACAAUGUUUCAUUAUGAGAGCUCACGCAGGAAUUUUGCGGGUAGCGUUCUAAUUUCGCGGUACUUCAGCUGUUACAGACGGGGUCGCUGUUCAGCAUCAUGAUGACGUUCACACCGUCGGCCCUCAAACAGAUACCACAGGUAAGCCACCACCUUGAAAGCCUACAGUGAGGUUGAUUGAAUUAGGCUAGGCCUACUAAUGUCUUUUGAAUGUUUCUAUGAGCAGGGCUGUCUAACUUGGCUACACAACUUCCCUCUACAGGUAGAACACUCUCUUGACUUUGACUUUGUUUGCUAAUGCUUUGUAUACUGUACAUGUAAAAGAAAUGCACUAUGCAGGUCCCUGGAUAAAUAAAGGUUAAAUAUAUUACUUAUUUUUAUGCAGAAAUCGCUCCGCCAUUUCGUGUUGCCCAAAAAUUUACAUAUUGCAUAUUUAAGUUACUGAUAAUGGAGAAAAUAAAUUCAUAGUUUACCUUCACAAGUAGAGUCUGAAAUAUUCUGUGCACAGGUACAAUGAUACAGGUGUCAAUGUGUGAACAGGUGCGGCAGAAGAACUUGUAACCAGCUCACAUACACAUAUAGAUAUCACUGGUAAGGACUUGAAGUGUAUGUUUCAGCCCAUCUAUUUACUAUAUAUUGUAUACAUUUACAAGAUCAAACAAGAACAUCCCAUUACUACACUGGGUAACAUCUAAUAAAACAUAUUUAGUAGGCUAGUCAAACAAAUGGAUACUCAAUCAAGUCCAUCUAACAGCCAGUAACUCACGUGUUUCUCCUCCUCCCUAGCCCUUGGGGCGAAUGUGUACAGCUCCAGCGCACCAGGCACGGCUGGUAGGCUACGUACUUGUCUGAUGAUCAAGCAUUCAUUCUCUCACCUGCUUAUUUUUAGAGCUGACACACUGCUUUGCCACUGCAUCGCUAGUUAAGCCAACAUCCAUUUAACACUCAGCACAGAGCCGGCUGGGCUGGGGCCAGCCUGAGGAAGGGAAGACAGUGAGGAGAAAUAAAGCUGUCACUAACACAGAGCAUAUUGUGGGAAACAGCAUUCAACCACACAUUUCCUUAGAUUUCCUCUGGAACAGUGUUCUGGAGUAGUUUAGAAAAGUCUAGAAUAGGCACACAAUCCUAAUAAAAUAGGUAUAUAUAUAUAUAUAUAUAUAUAUAUAUAUAUAUAUAUAUAUAUAUAUAUAUAUAUAUAUAUAUAUAGUACCAGGCACACAAUCCUAAUAAAAAAGUAUUAUAAUAAUAUAUAUAUAUAUAUAUAUAUAUAUAUAUAUAUAUAUAUAUAUACUGUACCAGUCAAACUUUUGGACACCUACUCAUUCCAGGGUUUUUCUUUAUUUUUACAAAAAACUAUGAAAUAACACAUAUGGAAUCAUGUAGUAAACAAAAAAGUGUUAAACAAAUCAAAAUAUAUUUGAGAUUUGAGAAUCUUCAAAUAGCAAAUACGGAAAAUUUCAAGAACUUUUAAAGUUUCUUCAAGUGCAGUCGCAAAAACCAUCAAGCGCUAUGAUGAAACUGGCUCUCAUGAGGACCGUGGGAUGGAAGACCCAGAGUUACCUCUGCUGCAGAGGAUAAGUUCAUUAGAGUUACCAGCCUCAGAAAUUGUAGCCCAAAUAAAUGCUUCACAGAGUUCAAGUAACAGACACAUCACAACAUCAACUGUUCAGAGGGCACCAAUAAGAAGAAGAGACCUGCUUGGGCCAAGAAACACGAACAAUGAACAUUAGACCGGUGGAAAUGUGUCCUUUGGUCUGGAGUCCAAAUUUGAGAUUUUUGAUUCCAACCGCCGUGUCUUUGUGAGACGCGGUGUGGGUGAACGGAUGGCCUCCGCAUGUGUAUUUCCCGCCGUAAAGCAUGGAGGAGGAGGUGUUAUGGUGUGGGGGUGCUUUGCUGGUGACACUGUCUGUGAUUUAUUUAGAAUUCAAGCCACACUUAACCAGCAUGGCUACCACAGCAUUCUACAGCGAUACACCAUCCCAUCUGGUUUGGGCUUAGUGGGACUAUCAUUGGUUUUUCAACAGGACAAUGACCCAACACACCACCAGGCUGUGUAAGGGUUAUUUUACCAAGAAGGAGAGUGAUGGAGUGCUGCAUCAGAUGACCUGGCCUCCACAAUCCCCCGACCUCAACCCAAUUGUGAUGGUUUGGGAUGAGUCGGACCGCAGAGUGAAGGAAAAGCAGCCAACAAGUGCUCAGCAUAUGUUGGAACUUCUUCAAGACUGUUGGAAAAGCAUUCCAGGUGAAGCUGCUUGAGAGAAUGCCAAGAGUGUGCAAGCUGUCAUCAAGGCAAAGGGUGGCUAUUUGAAGAUUCUCAAAUAUAAAAUAUACUUUGAUUUGUUUAAAACUUUUUUGUUUACUACAUGAUUCCAUAUGUGUUAUUUAAUCGGAUUCUACAAUGUAAAAAAUAGUAAAAAUAAAGAAAAACCCUUGAAUGAGUAGGUGUGUCCAAACUUUUGACUGGUAGUGUAUACAGUGGUGUGAAAAAGUGUUUGCCCCCUUCCUGAUUUCUUAUUUGUUUGCAUGUUUGUCACACUUAAAUAUUUCAGAUCAUCAAACACAUUUAAAUAUUAGUCAAAGAUAACACAAGUAAACACAAAAUGCAGUUUUGAAAUUAAGGUUGUUAUUAUUAAGGAAAAACAAAAUCCAAACCCACAUGGCCCUGUGUGAAAAGGUGAUUGCCCCCUACAACCUAAUAACUGGUUGGGCCACCCUUAGCAGCAACAACUGCAAUCAAGCGUUUGCGAUAACUUGCAAUGAGUCUUUUACAGCGCUGUGGAGGAAUUUUGGCCCACUCAUCUUCGCAGAAUUGUUGUAAUUCAGCCACAUUGGAGGGUUUUCGAGCAUGAACUGCCUUUUUAAGGUCAUGCCACAGCAUCUCAAUAGGAUUCAGGUCAGGACUUUGACUAGGCCACUCCAAAGUCUUCAUUUUGUUUUUCUUCAGCCAUUCAGAGGUGGACUUGUCCUGCUGCAGAACCCAAGUUCGCUUCAGCUUGAGGUCACGAACGGAUGGCCGGACAUUCUCCUUCAGGAUUUAUUGUAGACAGCAGAAUUCAUGGUUCCAUUUAUCACAGCAAGUCUUCCAGGUCCUGAAGCAGCAAAACAGGCCCAGACCAUCACACUACCACCACCAUAUUUCACUGUUGGUAUGAUGUUCUUUUUCUGAAAUGCGGUGUUACUUUUACGCCAGAUGUAAUGGGACACACACCUUCCAAAAAGUUCAACUUUAGUCUCGUCAGUCCACAGAGUAUUUUCCCAAAGGUCUUGGGGAUCAUCAAGAUGUUUUCUGGCAAAAAUGAGACAAGCCUUAAUGUUAUUUUUGCUCAGCAGUGGUUUUCGUCUUGGAACUCUGCCAUGCAGGCCAUUUUUGCCCAGUCUCUUUCUUAUGGUGGAGUCAUGAACACUGACCUUAACUGAGGCAAGUGAGGCCUGCAGCUCUUUGGAUGUUGUUGUGGGGUCUUUUGUGACCUCUUGGAUGAGUCGUCGCUGUGCUCUUUGGGUAAUUUUGGUCGGUUGGCCACUCCUGGGAAGGUUCACCACUGUUCCAUGUUUUCGCCAUUUGUGGAUAAUGGCUCUCACUGUGGUUCGCUGGAGUCCCAAAGCUUUAGAAAUGGCUUUAUAACCUUUUCCAGGCUGAUGGAUCUCAAUUACUUUCUUUCUCAUUUGUUCCUGAAUUUCUUUGGAUCUCGGCAUGAUGUCUAGCUUUUGAAGAUCUUUUGGUCUACUUCACUUUGUCAGGCAGGUCCUAUUUAAGUGAUUCCUUGAUUGAGAACAGGUGUGGCAGUAAUCAGGCCUGGGUGUGGCUAGAGGAAUUGAACUCAGGUGUGAUAAACCACAGUUGAGUUGUGUUAUAACAGGGGGGGCAAACACUUUUUCACACAGGGCCAUGUAGGUUUGGAUUUUGUUUUCCCUUAAUAAUAACAACCUCAAAACCAUUUCAAAAACUGCAUUUUGUGUUUACUUGUGUUAUCUUUGACUAAUAUUUAAAUUUGUUUGGUGAUCUGAAACAUUUAAGUGUGACAAACAUGCAAACAAAUAAAUCAGGAAGGGGGCAAACACUUUUUCACACCACUGUAUAUAUAUAUAAAUAUUUUGGUUUUACAGUAUAACAGUGUAAUAUCCCCUCUUAUUUUAAACAGGGUUAGAUGAGGUGGCUGUGACCAGUGGACUCUUUAACUCUACAGGUUAAUUUUAACCAAUGACAUAAUCCUCACAUGAUACACUCACACACAUAUGUUCAGGCUUGGAAGGUGAUAAGUAUACAUUUUUCAAUUACAGAUUCUGUGCUUGGAUUCGGACAUGACACUACAGGUAAAAUUCCAUUUGCAACAACACAUCAGAAGUAAUAGACAACUAAACCAGACAAUUCCCAUCACACAACACACUUAUAACAUCAUACACUCUGUCUCUCAGUUGUCGCAGAAGCACACAGUGUCUUCAUUCAGACCGAUUCCCCAGGUAAGUCUGCACGCACGCACACGCACACACACACACACCAAUCUUACCAUUUACAUUAACAUUUCAGAAAAAAGACAUACACUUCCACACAACACACACACAAUACACACACAACACACACAGCACACACUAGCCUCCUAAAAUACAGUGUGAAUGUAUGUAAUACCAUCAGUUACUGGGGAUCCACAUGGAGCAAUAUCCCAGACAGACGCCAUAGUGGGCAGGGGUGAGUGAGGUUCCCUUACCACUCAUUACUCAUCAGAGAUUGUGCACUAUAAAGAGAAUAGUGUGCUAUAGUCUCUGGUCAAAAGUAGUGCACAAUAUAGGGAAUAGUGUACCAUUUGGGACAGAGUCUUACUAUACACUGCCAGUCACUACAUAACAAAACGAAACGCCUUUACUCACCAUGUUGAAUCUAUUUUUUGUAUCGUAGUCACAGCUGAUCCACAAGGAUCCACUCUACAGGCUUCCAGUAAGUUGGUACAGAAUAUUAAUUUACGCAACCCCUUGACCUUGCACAAGUAUCUGUUGCUCCUAAAGGCUUCAUGAAAUGAAAAGUAGCGGUAAUAGUCCUUUGAUCUUGGAGCAAUAGCAUAGAUUAAUCAACCAAUCAAUAAAAUGUAUUUACAGCCCAACAAUUGUCAUAAAGUGCUUUACAGAUCUUUGCAGUUAAUCAUAGUCUAGGUGUGAAAAGCAUUGCAAUUGAUGACAGACAGCCCUGGUUGUCCCGUUCACGGUGGUCUCCCCCUGCUCUGUUCGUAGGGUCUGUGUUCAUGCAAUGUCUUUGUCCAAACAGGUCAUCCUGGUGUAACAGAACAGACACAACCUGCAGGUAAGCUUCAUAGGAGUUUAGGUUUAAACUCUGUUACAUGGCUGCGUUUACACAGGCAGCCCAAUUCUGAUCUAUCUAUCUAUCUAUCUAUCUAUCUAUCUAUCUAUCUAUCUAUCUAUCUAUCUAUCUAUCUAUCUAUCUAUCUAUCUAUCUAUCUAUCUAUCUAUCUAUCUAUCUAUCUAUCUAUCUAUCUAUCUAUCUAUCUAUCAAUUUGACUCCAAAGGCUGCGUUUACACAGGCAGCCCAAUUCUGAUCUGAUUGGUCAAAAGACCAAUUAGUGAAAAAAAUUAUCCGAAUUGGGCUGCCUGUGUAAAUGCAGCAAAAGUAAUUGAAAUAGCGAAAUGGAUCCAUGUGACAAAUGUAUCCGUUUUUAUUUACACAGUCACCCUAAGAACCCAAAGCAGAUUUUUUUUAUAUAUCAAAUCUUUUUUUCUGACUGUCUACACUCAGUUUUAUAUGUGACCCAUAUCAGAUUUGAACAUUCACACUGAUGUAGCCUCUGAAGUAGCACACAGAUGCCAUGCUCAUUUCCUGUCACUGUUCCUUAACAUUUUGGGGUGGUUGUCAUGGUAACGACAUGAGGUCAUGUAUGGAGGAUAGGGUUUGUAUCAGGAUUCAGAUCCAUAUAUGGAGGUGGUAUAAAUCGGAAGUCAAAAGAUCAGAUUCCAUGUGUUGUUUUGCUGUUUACACAUUAGGGAAAAUAUCAGAUAGGUAUCAGAUAUGCAAAUAAUUGGCAAAAGCUUAACUUGUUAUUUACAGUAGCACAGGAUUGCACGCUUUCAGAUAUUACAAUGCUGUGUCAUCAUGACAGCAUAUAUUGAACCACUAAGUGAACAGUUCCUCAAGGGCUCUUUUCUUUCCUCGGUUUUGCUUGCUCUUUCCAGUUUCCGCAGCUGAACAGUACAACCCAUCUGGUCAGGGUCCUGAAGGUAGGUUUCUCAGCUCCUUACAACUUCUCUCUCGUCUCUCUCUCUUCUUUUAAAAACAUUUAAUAAAUGACAAAAGGCUUGUUUUAUUUACAUUAUGUACUCCCCUGUUAAAACACAUACAAUAUAAUCGUAUAACUAAUCUUUUUUAUUACACUGUAUUAACUACAGUAGUAAGAUGGCAAAGUUUCUGACUACAAUGUUUCAGGUGAUAAGACAGUGCUGUUAUACUGUACCUUUGAAAGAGAGACAAAGGUAAACUCUUGAUUGGUACUACAAGUAUAAAAAAGUGAGCAAGUAAAAAUGAAGGACACUAAAGUAGUAUUACUGCCUCUGAGGUAGGACUCAAUGCUACAGUAUACUGCUAAUAUACUCAAUAUGUUGUAAUUCUACAAUAUAUUGCAUAACUUUUUCAACAUUAAAGGGAUAGUUCACACAAAUUACAGAUUGCGGUCUCGUCCAUAAUACUAAUAAUAUCUGAGCUACAGAGGACCACAUAGACUGCUCACAGGUUAAGGAAACCUAAAUGUAAUUUUGUAAUUUGGUUGAACUAUCCCUUCAAUCAGCUUUUAGAGGUAGAUCAAUUACAGAUAUGUGUGUCAAAGACUAAAAUACAUAUUCACUUCUGAAGGUGCAGAAAAUGUGGAACUGGAGGAUACCUGCUGACUUCCAUAUGAAGCCUCGUGUCAAGUUUCUACGCUACAGAUUUCAGUGUACGGACCAGUCUGCAUGGCAGAGAAACAGUGAUCCAGCCCACUAGCAAAUCUAGUUGUUGUUUGUGUCUAUGUCUAUUUAAACUUAAAGAUGACACUGUAAGUAAACUUUUUGCGCACUUGUUAAUAAAUUACCCUGUACGUUUAGUUUUAUUAGUUGCAUAUAUGACAAAAACUACUAACGAAAGCCCUCUGAUUCAGAUGAAGACGGCUGUAUGUCGUCCCUAUGGAAAGCUCAGACAAUAUACUGAAUCUUUAUGAAGCUUUGUUAUUUUGUAAUUUCCGCAAGUACUGUAUUUCCGAGUUUUGAAAAUGUGAGAAAAAUUCAUCUCGUGUCAGUAAUUGUACAUUGCGAAAUGUAUGUCAAAGUAAUCUCUACAUUAAAAGUAACGUCUAUUUUGAACAUCAAA